CAGGAGAGGGAGGGGGAGGAAGGAGGCAGCGGGAGGUCGCCAGGGAGCUCGUUUCCCGGCAUGCAGCGGGCGGCGCGUUCGCACAAAGAUGGCGGCGCCUCUGGAGGAGUACGAGAAAGAGGCCGGUUGUGUCCCUAUCCUGCACCCGGAGGAAAUCAAGACUCAAGCCCAUUAUAAUCAUGGAUACAGUGAAUCUCUUGGGCGCAAAAGCCACAUUGAUGAUUAUAGCACAUGGGAUAUUGUCAAAGCUACACAGUAUGGGAUUUACGAACGUUGUCGAGAGUUAGUGGAAGCAGGAUAUGAUGUACGGCAACCAGAUAAAGAAAAUGUUACACUUCUUCAUUGGGCUGCAAUUAACAACAGAUUAGAUUUAGUGAAGUUUUACAUAUCAAAAGGUGCUAUUGUUGACCAACUAGGAGGUGACCUAAACUCCACACCACUUCACUGGGCAACAAGACAGGGUCAUUUAUCAAUGGUUGUACAGCUAAUGAAAUAUGGCGCAGAUCCAUCUUUAAUUGAUGGGGAAGGGUGCAGUUGUAUUCACUUGGCAGCACAGUUUGGACAUACCUCGAUUGUUGCGUAUCUAAUAGCCAAGGGGCAGGAUGUAGAUAUGAUGGAUCAGAAUGGAAUGACUCCAUUAAUGUGGGCAGCUUAUAGAACACACAGCGUGGACCCCACUCGGUUGCUUCUUACAUUUAAUGUUUCUGUGAAUCUGGGAGACAAAUAUCAUAAGAACACAGCACUACAUUGGGCAGUACUAGCAGGAAAUACGACAGUAAUUAGUCUCCUCCUAGAAGCAGGAGCUAAUGUGGAUGCUCAAAAUAUCAAGGGAGAAUCACCACUUGAUUUAGCAAAACAAAGAAAAAAUGUUUGGAUGAUAAACCAUUUACAGGAGGCAAGGCAGGCAAAAGGAUAUGACAAUCCAUCAUUUCUCAGAAAAUUGAGGGCUGAUAAGGAAUUUCGGCAGAAGGUGAUGCUAGGAACACCCUUCCUAGUUAUUUGGUUGGUUGGGUUUAUAGCAGAUCUUGAUAUCGAUUCAUGGCUCAUUAAAGGACUGAUGUAUGGUGGUGUCUGGGCUAUGGUUCAGUUUCUUUCCAAAUCAUUUUUUGAUCACUCCAUGCAUAGUGCAUUGCCACUUGGAAUCUACCUAGCAACGAAAUUCUGGAUGUAUGUGACGUGGUUUUUCUGGUUUUGGAAUGAUCUAAAUUUUGUGUUCAUCCACCUACCAUUUCUUGUCAAUAGUGUUGCACUUUUCUACAAUUUUGGAAAAUCCUGGAAAUCAGAUCCAGGAAUAAUUAAAGCCACAGAAGAACAAAAGAAAAAGACAAUAGUGGAACUUGCAGAGACAGGAAGUUUGGAUCUCAGUAUAUUCUGCAGUACCUGUUUGAUACGGAAACCAGUGAGGUCCAAACAUUGUGGCGUAUGCAAUCGAUGUAUAGCCAAGUUUGAUCACCACUGUCCAUGGGUUGGUAACUGCGUAGGAGCAGGCAAUCAUCGUUAUUUCAUGGGAUAUCUAUUCUUUUUACUCUUCAUGAUUUGUUGGAUGAUUUAUGGAUGUAUCUCUUAUUGGGGAAUCCACUGUCACACUAGUUAUGCUGCAGAUGGUUUCUGGACAUAUGUUACACAGAUAGCCACCUGUUCACCUUGGAUGUUCUGGAUGUUUUUGAACAGUGUGUUUCAUUUCAUGUGGGUGGCAGUUCUGCUAAUGUGUCAGAUGUAUCAGAUUUCUUGUUUAGGUAUCACUACAAAUGAAAGAAUGAACGCUAGGCGAUAUAAGCACUUUAAGGUGACAACAACAUCCAUUGAAAGCCCAUUUAACCAUGGAUGUAUAAGAAAUAUUAUAGACUUCUUUGAAUUCAGAUGCUGUGGUCUUUUUCGUCCUGUUAUUGUGGACUGGACAAGGCAGUAUACAAUAGAAUAUGACCAAACGUCUGGGACUGGUUACCAGCUGGUGUAAUACCCAACUCCAACCUGUGAGCAUAUCAUAUCUGAAUGGUGCCUGGAAAAUUGUUUCUUUUCUCGAAUCCACAUCCCUUGAACAGUAGCAUGCAAUGAGUAGAGCUAACGGUGAAUCGUACGGUACCUUCUCUACAUCCGUUUUAUUAACAGAUGUUUAAAAAAGGACAGAAUAAACUGCCUAUCCUAAUAAUGAGGAGGAAGAAGGAAAAGGGGAUUUUAACUGUUCUUACCACAGGAAUUAUUCACAGACACAUUCACGCCGUUUUCUUUCUUUUCAAUUGCUUUCAAAAUGGAGCAUGAGGUUGUUAGAGAAAAAAAAUACUGAAGUCAUGCUGUACUGAACUUUCAGUAUUUAUUUUAUAAUUUGGACAAUUGCAUAGGAACUAAAGGUAAAUUUUAUGAAGCAGCCAGACUUUGGGAAUCAAUGUAUUAUAUUUAUUGCAAUGGAGUUUUGUAUCGAUUUGGCAUAGUAUUAGGUGCACUGAAAGUGCAUGUAAUACUCUGAAGAAUUAUGUUUUAUAAGGGAUCCAUCUUAAGUGAAAAGCAGGGCAUGGAAGGAUGUUGGUCAGAAAACCUGUUACCUAAAUGUCGUAGCGUCUUCUCUUAUGGCUUUGUUUCUGAAAGAAGUUGCUCAUAAUAAGCCUUGUGUAAAGUUGCACAUUCUGGUGGGAAAGCGUUGCACAAAAGAAGUACAGCUUCUCUAUCAAUAUAAAGCUCCACUUAAGUGCACAGUUAUACUUUUAUGAUUAGAUCACAAAAUGAAACAUGGCAUAAUACACAAUUUUUUAUUCAGUAUAACUCAUUGAAAACUUCUGGUACAUGCAAUCAUUACAACUGUAGCACCUAUGUAGUGGGGAUCUACUAAUAUUGUAUACUUACUAAAUAAUUGAGACCCACUACCAAUGGCAUGUUGUGCUACAGUCAUUGGAUGGUUGGAAAGUUCAACAGGAAAGCCAAACAAGUGUGAAAUAUGGGAAUGAAAGAGCCAACACAGAAUAACAGAAAGGCUGUGACUAUAAUUGCUUUGCUUUCAACUGUUGGAGAAGUAGAUUGCUUAAAAAAAGAAAUGGGACUAAUUCAGGCUCUAGCACAUUAUAAUUUCUCUAUAACAAGGCUUCAUGAAGAAUCUGAUAUGUUGGUAAGUGGGGAAACACUCUUCUCUUCAUCUCAAGUUAGCAAACCCAGAUAUAUGUGAAAGGUAAGGAAGGAGUGGUAUGAAGUCUCAUUCCAGAAGAGGUUUUUUUCGUUGCUGUUGAAUGUGAUGCACUGAUUUUCUCUUAAGGCAUUUUAAUAUAUUCCUUGUGAAUUCUUCACUGCUUCCUUAACUAUUGUUUACAGAGACUUGAAAUUUGUUUAGUUCUCCUUUUUAAAGUGCUGUAGCAACAUUGUGGUUUGAGAAUCCUGUGAGGGGGAUUGGGGAGGGGAACCUUAAAUACAGAUGAGAGACCAGUGUAAAGAAUGUGUAUCUGUAUAUAAAUAAUUUAUCAAAUAGUUUCUUUGUGAGCGUGUGCGUGUGUGUAUUAGUAUAUUUAAAAGCUGCUCAUUUAAUUUUAUCCAACCAAAAAAAAUAUAAGAAGAUAUCUAAUGGGCUUUUAUUAAUGGUCAAUAUUGCUGUUAAUAGGCACUGUACCCAGCAACUUCACUGCAUGUUCAAUGCUUGAUAAACUAGCAUUUCCUGUAAUAUGCAGAUUACAGGUAUUAAAGCAAUCUAGUGGUAUUCCCGCCCCUUGCCUUAGUAAGAGGAGCAGUGAAACUGUACAUAAUUGGUGUUCAGUAUUUGCAAGUAGACAUUUUUUCCCCUCUAGCUGUUCCUUUGAAUGCCAGGUGUGCAUAGUUUGCAAGUACCAGAUAUCAAGAUUUACAGAAGUGCAGCAUUAGUGUAACUUGAAUAUUUCAUACUGGAAAAAUUCAACUGUAUGGUUGAGUGGGAAGAAAGCAAAGUUGGCCAGAAGCAUGGCAAAAAGUCCAUUCAAUUGUGACAAAAAACAAUUUAGAGAUGUAAUAAAUCUACAAUUGUUACACUAUUACUAGGAAAUUUUAUUUUAAACCUGAAGCUGUUUGGGCAGAGCCAUCAAUUUCUUCCAUUAAACUUGUUCUAAGGUGGAUGAACAAAGAAUAAAUGCCACUUAGAUCAGACUACUUACUUCUCAGUAACUGUUGUUUAGAAGCAUUCUACCAACAUAGAUAAUUUCCUGGGGAAGUAUAAUUCCACAUAAUCUCUUAGGUUCAGCGUCCACAAUUUGUCUGCUGAAUAUAUUUGUGCUCCAGAAAAAUCUGUGCAAAAUGCAUUUGAAAUUCUUUUGUCAUUUACAGUAAAAGGUACCUUAUAGACCCCUUGUGUGCUAGAUUGUAAAAAUUGAAUCCUCUGUAAGAAAAAUGAAAACCUUAUUUUAGUUGAAUCUAAAUACAUGUAGUUGGCCCAAGAUAUGCUCUUCCUCAAACAUAUCCCAGAAGUCCCCCUGAGAUUCCCUGUAGCCUUUCCAGAGAAAGAGGCAUGGGCAAUUUUGUUCUACCAUUUCAUUUAUGAAAUCUGGAUACAAUCUAUGUAGCGUAAACCUGCUUGGCUGCGCCCUGCUGAAGUGGUGAAGGAAAAGUAUAAUAGUUAGAAUAACUUUUUGGAACAUUUUGGGCAUCUAGAAUGAUUCUAGUUGUCAAAAAUACUGAAAUAUAUUCUGAAAUCUGAAUAAGAGGGGGAAACUAUGCAGUUUUUUUUCUGCCAAGAAACUUGUUCAAUGUAUUGCCUGUCAUUCUAGCCAAUGUAUGAACCCAAUUCAAAUAGAUUAGGAAUUAGACAUCCAUUUGAUCUGAUACAGAACAAGCAAAAAAUUGAGUCUGCUAUAUAAGCUAUUUUUGAAGGUUUUCCAGUACAUCCUACCCCCUAACACCCCCUUUUGUUUUUAACGGUUAAUAUGCAUAAAAGUGCAUCUGUUAAACUUUUUUUAUUUUAUUUACCUUAUUUAUAAUUGUGCCAAGUAUUAUUUUACUACUGUCAAGAUAUUGGUGUAUUACAUUGUGAACAGAAUCUGUAAAAUGUUUAAUAAAAUAGCUCUCCUUACAUUAAAUUAAACCUGUCAAUUUUUGUAAGUUAUUAAUCAAAUAAAUACUUGUCUCCUA